AUGCUGGUGUGUGUUAACGUCUCAGCCCAAUAUGACCCUAACAAGGCUUCAGCUUACGAAGCUCUGCAGCGAUACGAGUUUCCGGUGGGGCUUCUGCCGGAAGGCGUGAGCGGAUACAGCCUGAAUGAGUCGAGCGGGGAGUUCUGGGCCCAUCUCAACCGCUCGUGCAGCUUCACGUUGGAGAACUCGUACGAGCUCCGGUACGAGCCGGAGAUCAAAGGGUUGCUAUCGAAAGGGCGGCUUGAGAAGCUGAGCGGCGUGAGCGUGAAAGUGGUGUUGGUGUGGCUCAACAUCGUCCAAGUUAAGCGCAACCGCCAGAGCCUCCACUUUUCUGUGGGAUUUAAGUCUGCGGAUUUUCCUGUUGAGAAUUUUGAAGAGUGCCCACGUUGUGGCUGUGGUUUUGAUUGCUCGUCUUCUUCAAACUACAUCUGA